AUGAAGUAUCACCCGGACAAAAAUAAAGGGAGUGACGCGGCAGCAGUGCUGUUCCACGAAAUUACCAAGGCCUACGACACCCUUUCCAACGAGAACCUGAGGUCUAAAUACGACGACGAAGUCCUAGGAGUUUCGAGAAGAAGACAAAAAGAAGAGGACCUUAAAUCCGGAGCUGCGUUUCACAGGAGUCGCCAGGACAAACGGCAACACGGAGUCCAUACCGGUCGAUCCCACGUAUACAACUUCGACGAGUUUUAUAAACAGCACUAUGGCGAUGCAGUGCAUUCAUAUCAAGUUCGUAAAGCAAAAUAUGAGGACAUGACGAAGCAGGAGGCCAAGGAGGGUGGUCUGGGUUACAGCACUUUUGCUCUCAUUUAUGCCGUGGUCAUAGUAAGCUUUGUGAUUGACUUUUUCUUUGGUCGCGAGGAUCCAGACAGGCCAACAUCUGCAAAAAAGACGCCAUCUUCGAAAGAGAAAUAG